AUGUACUCGGUAAUCAGAAGAAAGAAGAUUCAGUUUAUUCUUGUGGCGGCCUUCUUCGUUAUACAGAUUUUUCAUUUGCGCUUUCUCCUAUCUCGGCGGCCAACAAGCAAUAUUCAUAACCUCAAAUAUUUCACAUGGGAAACACCAGACUUCGCGUACUUCAACAACCAAUUCAUCUUACACCUCGCCUCCGCCGUUCAUAAACCCCUUCCUUCCCGCAAGCUUCUCUCCCCCGGUAUCACCUGUCCAGCCAUACGAGGCGUGCAGGAAGCAAAAGUGAUUCCAGUCACCGAUGUCUUCGAGGAACGUGGCCUCCAGACAUUGGGCUACGAGACAAACCUUCAGCGAUGGUCAGACCCCGCGACGAAAGCAGCUUCCACGCAACGCGUGAGUUACUAUACCGAUAUUGUCGAAGGGCCAAGUCCAAUUAUCGAGGCCAAAGCCAUAACCGAGUCUUACUGGCAGUGGAGCGCCAUCCGGUUUGUCCUCGAAGCCUUCGUCCUCCCAUGGACAUCGAAUCGCUGGCGCUCUGCGGCCCAUCGCUUCCAGCUGAGCCGCCCACUUCAGCAGUGCGUCGACAGCGUUCUCCCUGAUAUCGUUCCAAACGCUAUAGCCUUACAUUUACGUAUGUGGCCAUCAGAUCUGUCUUUCGGUCAGGAAGAUGCGUGCUAUCACGGCCAGGUUCCCAUUCUCAGGCAUAUCUUCUCCAAAUGCGACUGGUCAGGGUCGUAUUUGUACGACAACGUCAUCCGAGUACAGCAGAGCGAGUCACAGCCCGUCAUCGUUGCGACCGACGAUCGGAAGCAUCCCGCAAUCAUUGAUCUUGUCCGGCGGCUUGGUUCAAGGGUACACUUUAUGGAAAUGACAGAGACAUGUGUUGCCGCUAUCCGGGACGCUCAUCCAGAGGAUGAAAUUCAAUGGCGCACCGCAACGUAUUGGCCGAUCGUUGAAGCAGCCACAAUGGUUCAAGCAGAGUCUUUUGUCGGCUCAUUUUGGUCGACAUUUUCGCAGCUCAUUGCCAUCCGCCGGCAAAGAGUGCAUCGGACGUUCUUUGUGCAGAAUCGGGUGCAGGAGUUUGUGUGGGACUAUCGGUGGUUGUUGAUACUGGGAUUGAUUGGGAUACUGGGCUUCUUCGUGGUUAGGGUUUGGCGUCGGUCAAGACGGUAGAGUCACUUCGCCUAAGUGGCUCGUGUGGUAUUUCUUGCAGUAUAUA